CAAAUCAAUGACUGUCAAAUUUUAGUUUUGAUUUUGAUUGACGAAUUUGGUUUCGUUGUUGUGGUGAUUUAGCGAAAUAAUUCUUUUCUUUCAUUUUCUCCAAAAGAAAAUUAGAUUACCGACAUAUAUAUAUAAAACACUUCAAUAAUGCCUAGUCAAGAAGUUGUCACCACAAAAGUCGUGGUACACCCCUUGGUACUCCUAAGUGUUGUGGAUCACUUUAACCGAAUGGGAAAGAUUGGAAACCAAAAACGAGUGGUCGGCGUACUUUUGGGUUGUUGGAGAGCCAAAGGAGUGCUUGAUGUCUCUAACAGUUUUGCAGUUCCAUUUGAUGAAGACGAUAAAGAUAAAUCUGUAUGGUUUUUGGAUCAUGAUUACCUUGAAAACAUGUAUGGUAUGUUUAAGAAGGUGAAUGCUCGAGAAAAGGUUGUGGGCUGGUACCACACUGGGCCGAAACUCCACCAGAAUGAUGUCGCUAUAAAUGAAUUGAUCAGGCGGUAUUGUCCUAACUCAGUCUUAGUCAUCAUUGAUGCUAAACCCAAGGAUCUUGGGUUACCAACUGAAGCCUACCAAGCUGUAGAGGAAGUCCAUGAUGAUGGCAGCCCUACAACAAGGACAUUUGAGCAUGUACCUAGUGAAAUUGGAGCAGAGGAAGCUGAAGAGGUUGGUGUGGAACAUCUCCUGAGAGACAUUAAAGAUACUACAGUUGGGAGUCUCUCUCAAAGAAUCACUAACCAAUUACUUGGGCUUCGUGGGCUGCAUUCUCAACUGAGUGAAAUUCGGGACUACUUGUUACAAGUUGGCCAGGGAUCCCUACCUAUGAAUCACCAGAUCAUUUAUCAGCUGCAAGACAUCUUCAACCUCUUGCCUGACAUUGCCAAUGACAACUUUGUUGACAACCUUUAUAUAAAGACAAAUGAUCAGUCACUUGUUGUAUACCUCGCUGCUCUUGUUAGAUCUAUUAUAGCUCUCCAUAAUCUUAUCAAUAACAAGAUCACAAAUAGAGAUGCUGAAGAAGGGAAGAAAGAAGAUGCUAAAGAUAAGAAAGAGAAAAAAGAUGAGAAAGAUGAUAAGAAGACCGAAGAUAAAGUGAAGGGAGAGAAGAAAGAGAAGGAGGAAAAGAAGAAAUAAUUGAAAAUCAUCAUUAGAUUAAGUUGUUUGUAAUGCUGAAUUAUUUUUAAAUAAAUUGUAUUUACUAAUUCCCAAUAA